UUUCAUCUCCCAAAAUUGACGAUUUUGAAAAGUUGUGCGUUCAACUGUCAGAAGACGAAGUCCGUUCAACAUAUAGUCGAACUGACGUGACUGUCUCGUUCUGUCGCAUUGAACUCACUCAAGUCAGUUAAGCUCUUCUGGAGCAACAUCGCCGUGGCCCACAUCCUCCGAUUCAAACGCGAGUCCCGUGAGCGUCUUCCGCUCACAAAUUUUUCAUCGCUCGGUCAAUUUCGUCACGUCCUUGCGAGAUUCUUGACCGCAGCCAUGUCUGAUGGAGCCGUACCUGAUGAGCCACGAUCACCUCCAUCGUCACAAAAUGAUGCAGGGUUGAAGAAGCUCACACCAUAUUGGUACCCGUAUACGACUAUGGCAAAGGAGCGCUGGCUUGGGCGGGAGAUCUUAGAAAUCGUGUCGACAGAAUUCAGGGAUCGAUCCAUGGAGUACUAUCGAUACGCCCUUGAAUCCGGAGUGACAACAAUUAAUGGCAAGGUCGCCAAACCAGACACAGUAGUGAGGAAUGGCGAUCGUAUAGAGAAUGUUGUGCACCGACAUGAGCCUCCAGUCACAUCUACACCCGUCAAAAUUGUAUUGCAUGACAAGGAGCGCGACUUUUUGGUUGUCGAUAAACCUGGUAGCAUACCAGUACAUGCAUCUGGUCGGUACUACCGCCACAGCUUAGUAGAGAUCCUUCGUAACGAGUUUGGUUUCCCGAAAAUUUAUACGAUCAACCGCUUGGAUAGACUUACAUCUGGUUUGAUGAUCGUACCAUUGAAUGCCGAUCUGGCACGUUCGUUAUCAGGCGAAUUCGUCAAUGGUCUAAUCCGCAAAGAGUAUAUUGCUCGCUGCAAAGGGGAGUUCCCUGUUGAGGAAAUUAUUUGUGAAGAACCCCUCCUGACUGUAGAUCGACAAAUGGGGCUUAAUAUAGUGCACCCAGAAGGAAAGCCAGCGAAGACGAUUUUCAACCGGCUUCAUUACGAUUCCGCGACCAACACGAGUGUGCUUCACUGUGAGACUUUCAGUUACAUGCUUCAUCUACAAUACCUCGGUCAUCCAAUAGCCAAUGACCCUGUUUAUUCUGAGGAACGAAUAUGGGGAACUAAUCUUGGCAAAGGGGGCGUUGAUGUCAUUCCUUGCGAGGACCGUGCUGCACCAGCGCCACCAGCGCAUCUCCUGAGUGACAAUAGUCCGGAAGCUCUUAACCUGAAACCCUCCGACGACACAGACUCACCAUCAUUGCUUACUUCGGAAGAAGGGAGCGAUGCGAGAGGGAAAUUACUUCCCCGCGAAACUGGACACGAUAUUGGAAUGGGAUCACCUGUCCCAUUGUCGUCUGAAGCAGUGGAGAUUAUAACAAGGCUCCGGAAUAUGAAGGAUGAAGACGAGGAUUGGAGUCGCUGGCGAGAUGUCGUAUUUCGAGCGAAGGGCUCACUCGCACCAAAAGACAUCCCUCGUGCGCCCCUUCCUCCACAGAACAAACGGAAAAAGGGGG